AGCCUUCCACAAAAUUUAAUUAACCUGAAAUAUUCUCCGACUGUACCAUCUAUUCUGUCUGUUGUUCGUGCCACUCCUUCGCGUCUCCGAUCACCGCGGUGGUGCAGCUUCGCAAUCACAGCCAAUCGGCGUUUCCAUCAUCACACUUCACACUUCACAGUUCAAAGUGCAGACGAGAUGGCUGGAGGUGUUAUUCAGCAGUUAUUGAGGAGGAAACUCCAAUCUCAUUCUCCUAAUGCUUUAUCUAUGUCUUCCAUUCUCACAAAGAAAGAUGGGGAUGGUUCGACUGGCAGCAGCUCGUUAAGAGCACUUGCGUUAAUUGGGGCUAGUGUCACUGGGUUUUUGGGUUUUGCGACAACAGCAUCAGCUGAUGAAGCUGAGCAUGGCCUCGCAUGCCCAAGCUAUCCAUGGCCUCACCAGGGCAUCCUCAGUUCAUAUGAUCAUGCUUCGAUUCGUCGUGGUCAUCAAGUCUAUACACAAGUCUGUGCGUCCUGCCAUUCUAUGUCUUUGAUAUCAUACCGCGAUUUGGUUGGCGUUGCUUAUACAGAAGAAGAAGUAAAGGCUAUGGCAGCUGAGAUUGAAGUGGUUGACGGCCCUAAUGAUGAGGGCGAGAUGUUCACACGCCCUGGUAAACUCAGUGAUCGCUUUCCUCAGCCAUAUGCAAAUGAAGCAGCUGCUAGGUUUGCUAAUGGAGGAGCCUAUCCUCCUGAUCUAAGUCUUAUUACCAAAGCUCGUCACAAUGGCCAGAAUUAUGUGUUUGCCCUUCUAACUGGUUAUCACGAUCCCCCUGCUGGUGUUUCGAUUAGAGAGGGUCUCCACUAUAAUCCUUAUUUCCCCGGCGGAGCCAUUGCCAUGCCUAAAAUGCUUAAUGAUGGUGCUGUUGAAUAUGAAGAUGGAACUCCCGCCACCGAAUCUCAGGUACUUAUGUUUGUUGGGUAUUGGUUUCAGUAAAAUCUCCAGGGAAUG